AACAACCGAACACUUUGAAAAACUAUCUCGCUGGACGCAGAAUGCAAACAUAUUUGACAAAGAUCUCUUAAUUAUACCCGUUGCAGAGCAUAGUCAUUGGUUCAUCAUCUUGGUUGUCAACCCAGGUGCAUCGAUUGGUCAAGGAAAACGUAUAGAUCAAGAUGAAUUGCGAACAAAGUCGAGUAAGGACCGGCUGGACCACCCUAUAUCAUGACUAUGGAUUCCUUGGGUGGACCACAACGACAUGUACGAAGAUAUGUCGUCGAGUAUUUAAAAAAGGAAGCAGCCCGAAAACUAGACGUGCUUGAACCCGAGUUUAUACCACCGGAGUUUAUGUCUAUUCAGUGCCCACAACAGGAUAAUCAUUAUGACUGUGGUGUCUUUUGUCUGCAUAGUAUAUACAACUUUUACAAAUACAAGACGAAAAUGUGGGAUUCUAUCUUUACUACCAAGAGCACGGUUGCAGUAGAAGAAUUUGUAGAGAACCAAAAGAAAGAACUGUUGACUUUUAGAAGGUUUCUAUAUACAUUAAUAGAAAACAAAGCAAAGGAAUAUUCUCAGUUUAAGCGUUCAACGACAUCAUGAGCCCCAAUAUAAAUAUACAAGAUCAUUCCUAGUGAAGAAGCACUUGUGGAGGCCAUUCAAAAGAUCAAGCUCGAGACACCUGA